GGGAAAAGAAUGUGAAUUGUUGACUGUUUUGAAAAGUACCAUGAAAAACAAGUUGUUUACUAAUACUGGCAAGAUUUAAAAUUAUAACAUUCAGGAUUUUAUUGAAAUAUGGCAGAAGCUAGAGAUGAUGAACCCAGCCUUCCUCCAAGGGGAAAAGUGCAAGAAGGUUGUUGAUUUUAUUUUAUUUUAUCUAAUUUCUAACUUCUAAUCAAUCUAUUCUUAAUAAGAAAUUCUUACAACUUACUAAAUCUUAGUAUUAUUAGCUAUUACUAUUAAUUUUGAUAAUCUGCCAUUUUUUUGUCGGUUAUAAAAAAAUCAUGUUCUAGUUUGAAUUGCGGUAAAAAAUGGGGACGACUGCCACUAUUUUAUAGAAUUUCACGAAUGAAUCGAUCCCUAUGCCUAACCUGAACCCUAAAUCGAUCCCUAUGCCUAACCUGAACCCUAAAUCGAUCCCUAUGCCUAACCUGAACCCUAAAUCGAUCCCUCAACCUAACUUAAACCCUAAUUCACUGCAACAUAAACACACAAAAUCACAAAAGAUGCCGUGGCAGCUGUCCUCGGAUUUAGCGUGAAUUGCUAUUUAUGCGGUUGUUUCAUUGAUAAGAUAAUGCCAAUAAUGCUUUUUAUGACAUUGUCAUUGUACAUAUUCAUUGUAUUUGUAUUCAAACAAUCAAUUCAACAUAUAUUUAAUAUAUAAAUUAAAAGACACCAUCUUUAAAAUAGAAAAAUGUAAAAAAUGUAAUAAUUUUUUUAUUAGAAAAAUUUCAACAAUUUAAUUUAUGGAAAGAACACAGAGUUUGAGUUUAUGUGUGUAAAUGUUUUGUUGUUCAUUGUGUUAUGUGCUGCAGUGAGAAUGUUUCUUACAAAUGUUUGAUGACAUUAUUAUUUAAGAAAAAAAAAGUUAUGGGCAGAAUAAGGGAGAAAUUUGGAAAAACAGUCACAAGUUUCUGCAGACAAAGAUAAAUAAGGGACUUUAAAAUGAACACACACAAAAAAAAUCAUAACUCCACUUCUGUAAAAAGGAAAUGAAUUUUAAUGUAAAGCUUAUAUAUCCUUGAACAUUUUUAAAUGGCAUAUCUUUUUAUGGCAAUCAGACAAUAUUAAAAAAGUUUUAAAAUGUGUCAAAGUACCUAGAUUUAGGUUAGAAUUCCUAGUUAUACGAAGCACAUAGGGGCCUAUAGCUGCCUAUAAGCUAUCAAAAGUCAAAAUAAUGAUUCACUGAAUGUGGAGCUGAUUUUCAAUUAUUUUCAAAGUUGGUGUGAGCCUGUAAGGUUUACAAUGACUACAAUUCCAACACUGCAAUCACAUUGUAUUGUAUACAUUUGUCUACAAUGACUAUGCCCUAAAAAUGUCCUAAAAGAUACUAAUUGCAAUUGAUACUAAGUUAGGAAUGUAUACUGAAUCGACAAUCAGACACUUGACUGACUAAGUAUGAUAUCAAAACAUAUUUUGAAAUGAUUUCCCCAUGCAUCAAUCAUCUCCAUCCAUUGAAUAUAUACAACAAUAAAUAAUUUAUAACAGACUAUUUGGGCGAUCCAUGAAUGACAUCCCGCUAAUGUGGCAUAUUGUUUACCCCCUCUCUCCUCCCCCAUCAUUACAAUUUGUCACAUAAUUCAAACAACAUCAUAAUACAUUAUUACGAGUUGGUGAGCCAACCCCCAAGGCUAGGUUUAGAAAUAACGGUUUAUAUAAUGAAUUCACGAACUUAGGUUCAGUUGUUGUUUUCUUUUUAACUCUCUUAUGUUUUUUAUCAUUCUAUCUAGUGCGUAAACAGUGGUCAGUGCAUGAAGACGGUGCUCUAGCUUAUCAGAUACAAAAUGAAGAAAGUAAGUUAAUAAGCCCUUUCAUCAACAUUACAGAUACAAAUGUAUUUACAUUCAAAUAACAGAUAACCCAUAUUUCUUAACCACAUAUACUUCUAGUGUAUGAUUUACCAUUUCCAUGGAGACUCAUUUGCCAUUUGAGCAAAGUUGAUUGCAAUUUUUUUUUUUUUUCAUAACAACUCUUAAUCUUUCUUUAGUUGACCAGCACUACGGCCUCAACCGUUUCAAUCGAAGGAUGGUGCGUGAAGACAUUCCGGUGGCAAAGAUUGUUCAGAGUGAAGAAGAAAUACGACUGCAACAAGAGAGGCUAAGAGAGUUGGCUAAACUCAAAAUUCAGUAAGUAAAAGUGUAUCUAUUUGCAUUUAUGCUUCUCAGAUUAUCUUUUUGAACGGUGAUAAGGAAGUAAUAUUUAACAGAACAUCUAAUUAUAUUGUAAUUCUUUGAUGUCAGUCAUUUUUUCUAAGAAAAAAUAUUCCAGUGAAAAAAUGGAAGUCCAAAUAAGACUUAAAUAUAACUCUCACGACUUUUUUUGUGCAAGUUUAGAAGACAGUCACAAGAUCAAACUUUGGCGUGAUUCUUGAAGUUUACGUUGCUAAUUUUAAAAAAAACAACUGUUGUUUAUGUAUUUUUUAACAGGGCAGAAGAGGAUGAGAAGGUGGCUAAAAAAAUUUCUGAGCAACUCAAGCUGGAAGCUGUAAGAAAAGAGGUUGAUGUUGAGCUUGAUGAUGAGGUAGAUAAUUGUUUUUUCAAGUAAUUUUUUUAUCAUUUAACCAUAUCAUUGUUUUAGUCUGCAAACCGCCAUAAAUUAAAAAAAAAAAAGUUAAAUAUAAUUUGAACCAUUUGCUCAGCUGGUGUGAGAAACACAUUGAACUAUAUUUUUUUUAAACAUUCUAAUCAGGAACUGGCUCGCCUGCUGCAGGAAAAGGAAAAGAAACGUUAUGAGAGGCAUUUGGAGAAAAAGAGGGUGAAAAAACUCAAGCAAGAAAGAGAACUGCUGGAGGCCCAGUUAGCCAAGGACACGGAAGAGGCAAGACUGGUUCUGAACUCAGGUACUAGGUUUACCUUUCACACUUUGAUACCUGGCAGGUAAUCUUAAAACCUGUAGAUUGCUUUAGUUAAGUCGUCUUCAAUUUGUCUAUGUUGUAUUUAGUGUACAUUCAGGAGUAACCAGUCUAAGGUAUCCGCUUUAAUGUUUUGUAAAAUAGCAGGACUGGGGAGUUUUUAAAAAAAAAUUAUUUCUCGGUUGUUGUUUUGGCUAUUUUUUUUAAUGAUAAUGGAAUUCAAAUUUUCAAAGCUUUUUUUGCGGAGAAAAUUACAAAAUGUUGCCCAAAAAAUCACAAUCGUUCUACAGAAAAAGUUUAUGUGAAUCUCUGGUUUUCUUAGAUUUUACACAUUCUGAAACAAAUACUGACAAUUUUAAUGUCAUACAAGCUCACCUUGCAAAAAACAAGUUUAAUUUUAUCAUCUCCAGUUCGCCCAGAUGCUGGAGGCGAUCACAGGUCAGACAGCAUUGAAAACCUAAGUUUACAGGGAGUCAACGCCACGAGGUACAGGUCAAGGUAUUGUAGUGUGUAGUUGUGCUAACCACUCUGUGCACAUGCACUAAUGUGUGUUAACAUUUGCUAACACUGAAGUGUGUUCAUGUAUUAAUCUCUUAACUGCACAGCAGGAAUAACAUGUCUGUAUGAAAACAAAAGUUUAAAGAAAAAUGUAUCAAUAUAAGCUAACGGUUGCUUUGUUUGCUGUAAGCCAGUAGUCCAUAACACUCUUAACUAACUUAUGAAUUUGACUAAUUUUGUGUCUGUUAAGUUGCUCAGAUUUUACAGUACAUGUAUAUAUAAUUUCUAACAUUUUGCGUUUACCAUCUUUAAAAUAUUACCACCUCAAUAAACUUUCCUAUUAAGUCAACAUUGGUAUCUUUAUCUAUGUUAGUACAUAUUUUUCCAUUAGUACUUUGGAGUCAGGUUGAGUAAAUGCAUCAUCUAAUCUAACCCUUUAGUACUCAGGAAUCAGACUGAGUAAAUGCAUCAUCUAAUCUAACCCUUUAGUACUCGGGAAUCAGACUGAGUGAUUGUGUCAUCUAAUCUAACCCUUUAGUGCUCAGGAAUCAGACUGAGCGAAGACUGGUCCAGUCAGUGCAUCUGAUACUAAUAAUAUUUGUUACAGUUGUAUUAUUUAUAAAAUUCCACUAAAUAAUUUAUAAGUCAUAGCCAUGCAUAACAUUUCUAAUGUAGUUUUAAAUAUACUAAUUAUAACAGAAAUUGCCUGCAAUAAAGCUUUUAUGUCAUCUAUACUAACUAUAGUUUACAAAACUAUAAGAAGAUCUGGCAAGAUUAGGUUAGAUAUUAAUGAAAUAAUUUUCACUGCAAUUCUGCAUUUCACUCUAAAGAAUGAUGAUUUAAAAAAAAAAAAAAAAGACAUUGUUUUAACAGAAAGAGAUCUCUGCAUAACAUCAAGUGUGUAACUUGUUAUUUAUUAGUCUGCACUGAACACACACCCCCCCCCCUCCUCCCCUAUUUUACGAUUACAUGGAUUUGUUUUAACAUGACCAGGGUGACACCAGCCGGGCGGAUAGAGGAUGACGGUGACUUCCGUGACUUCUACAACUUACCCCCAGAGAUGGAUGAGUUCACCAGGCGGGAGAUCCAGGCCAGGCAGGAUGAGGUGAGCACUUGGCUCCCAUCUGUGAAAAAAAAAAAAAAAAAGACAUUGUUUUAACAUAAAGAGAUCUCUGCAUAACAUCAAGUGUUUAACUUGUUAUUUAUUAGUCUGCACUGAACCCACACCCCCCCCCCUCCUCCCCUAUUUUACGAUUACAUGGAUUUGUUUUAACAUGACCAGGGUGACACCAGCCGGGCGGAUAGAGGAUGACGGUGACUUCAGUGACUUCUACAACUUACCCCCAGAGAUGGAUGAGUUCACCAGGCUGGAGAUCCAGGCCAGUCAGGAUGAGGUGAGCACUUGGCUCCCAUCUGUGGCUGAGGGGUUGUUUGAACAACCCGUCUCACCACAUCUUGUGAUACACUUUGCAUUUUAUUAAAACAUGCCUACAGCAGCUCACAUCAUCGGUAAAACAUUAUCAGUACCUCUCCUUAUUUCAUGCCGUGAAAGCAUGCUUGUUGCAGCACGGAUUUUUCUCCCAGAAAGCAGCAGCCUAUGUCACUGAAGUGACUCAGAUGACCAGCUGCCCCCAGGAUGUGUUUGAAAUCACAUCAAGUGUGGCCUUACUUGUAGAAGUUGCAAUGAGACUUUUACCAUCCUGAGAUUUCAGCAGAAACAUUUUGUUUUGUGUUGCUUCAUUCCGUUUGUAUGAACUAACUUGGUCCCUUUUUUUACUGUGAACUCUCUUUUUAUUACGUCCUGGUACUAUUCUGCAGAUGGUCAUAAUUUGACAUUGAUUUAAGUAAAUUUUAAUAAUCAUAAUUAAUAAUUGAGGGGGGGGCGACAAAGAUGAUGAACAGGUUACUUGUUUUUUUUUAAAUCUUCAGGAAUUGGCUCGUUUGUUGCAAGAGCAAGAACACAAGGUAAUGUCAUGUAUUGUGCUUCCUGGUGGCUGUGCAUCACAGGGUUGGGUUGGGACACACACACACAAACAAUCAUAGUUCUAUUUUAAUGCAUAGAUCAGGGAUUCUUAAUCCAUGGACCCAGUUGGGUCUGGGGUCUGUGAAAAUGUGUCACAUCUGUCUUGAAAAAAUGUCCCUGAAACAUGAAAGCUGAAAACUUCUGGUGUAGACAGAUUCACAUCCAGUUACUUCCUUGUGAUACUUGCACUAGUGCACAGUUGUCAUUGGUUAAUCCAUACUCUUUAAACAUUUGCUUUUGAACGACCAUGUAAUUUGUAUAAUGCUCGAGGAUUAUUAGUUAAUUUAUUCAAACUGCUGUAUUUGUACUUCUUUAAAAAAUGAGGCAGUCUCUUUUUUUAGUCUAAUUUUCCAUUACAACUUUUGAAAUUUUAAAAAUAAAGGUCAAGUUAUGAGAGUUCUAAUGCCGUUUUAGCUCUGGCGUGAAUUUUCUUAUUUCUUACAAAUUGUGAUUCUCAGAGGACAAAGGCAGAAGUUGACCAGGAUAAGCUUCGAAAGAUAGAACAACAGGACGAACAGCUGGCCAGGGUUAUGCAAGAACAGGAGAAGUUACGACUUAAGAAGGCUAAACUGAAGCACCAGCAAAAGAAAGAAGCACAGGUUCAUUUGAUUUCAUUACAUCUUUUUAAGAUCCCACAUUUUCCCAUUGUAUAAUGAAAAUGUUUGUCUUUGUUAUCCAAUUGAAACAUUUUAGUCACCUUUAUUGAAAGAAAGUUUCCAAUUACUAUAUAGCACAUUCACCCUUUGUUAUGUGUCGACUAGUUCUUUUAGGCAAGGGCCUUGGACCACCUAGGCAGUCUAUCAGCUGACCCUGCAGAGUCAGGCUUCACUGUGCGGUUCUUUCCUUUGGAAUACGGACCACCUCAGCAGACUAUCAGCUGACCCUGCAGAGUCAGGCUUCACUGUGCAGUUCUUUCCCUUGGACCACCAGUUUAAAUCAGCUGGCUUUUAUUUAAAGUUGUUAUAUAUAUUUAUUUAUCCCCCUUUCAAUAUUUUUUUUUAGCUAGGAUUCCAUUAUUUAUGUGAAUGAAAGUGAUGUGUGAUUUUUGGUAAUGAUAUACUGCUACAAAGUAAAUCAAUGUGAAAUUGCUAUUUUGUUUGUCAUACACAGAGGAAACAAUCAGCUGAGUCUCUUCCACUUGGAGCCUCUGCAAAUACUUUCAAUCAACAAACACUGCAAGAGUCUGGUCCCUUGGGCGCCACAUCGGCACAGCCCAUUCAAGCCACAAGCGGUGGACAGACCCGGUAUCGACGGAACAGCUACACCCAGGCCUUUGACUCGCCGCCCUCCCCUCCACGCUCGCAGCCGCCUGCCAGGACCACUGCCGGUAAGACAAAUCAGGUGCCAUCCCAUCAGAGCAGCAAGGCCACCUCUGUGCAAAGCACAACCUCGACCCAAGGGUCAUCACAAAGCCAGCAGUACACCAAGGCUCAGCUGCACAUGGCACCACCCCUUGUCUCACCCAUGUCUAGUCCCAGGUCAGCCUACGUAGGACCAGGAGGAGGCAUGUCUACAUUAGAGUCUGCCAGGAGGAUAGCAGCCGGGGAUCACGAAGGAAUUUUGGCUCUUCAGAACUCUGCCCAGCAACAAAACACCACCAAUACUCAGCGUGCAACCAUCUUGCAAGAAAGGGCGCCAGUCUCACGAGAUGGCUCCGCCAACACGAUGGACAUCAUCCGAGCCCACAGCCACCAAGGAAACCUCACCCGGCCAGGUGGGGCCGCUGCCGAUUCUCGACAGCAACAAACACGCCUCACACAGAACUACCCCGUAGGUUACAGCCAGAGCGUUCCGCUCGGAGCUGAGCUGAGAGACUCUGACAGCACGGAA